GGAGCCAUUUGUCCCUGAGCGGCUGCCGUCUGCCGAACCCUCACAUGACCAAACACAGCGGCCGCGUGAGUCUCGCUGCUUCCGGUGCUGGGGCCCCAGGGAGGAGUCGGACCCGAGAGGUAGCAGGGUCCAGAACAGCACAUCAUGGAGUGCACAGCACUGGAGAGUCUCAUCGAGAUGGGCUUCCCCCACAAUAGAGCAGAGAAGGCGCUGGCGCUGACCGGGAACCAAGGCAUCGAGCAGGCCAUGGACUGGCUCAUGGAGCACGAGAACGAUCCAGACUUGGAUGAGCCAUACGUGGCUCCCCAGGGCCAUGUCUUGGGCACAGAGGAGCCCCCUGAGGGAAGCACCCCUGAGACCAUGGAAGCCACAGCAGAUCUCAUGGCGGAGGAAGGUGACAAGCACCCCCUGACUGAGGAGGAGAAGAGGGAACAGACCAAGCGAAUGAUGGAACUGAUCGCACAGAAGCAGCGGGAGCGGGAGGAGCGGGAGAAGCGGGAGACCAUUGAGCGGGAGAAGCAGCGGCGCAAGCAGGGCCAGGAGCUCUCCAUGAUCCGCCAGAAGCUGCAGGAGGACGAGAUGAAGAAGAUGGCAGAGGAGAGGCGCAGGGAGAAGAUGGAGGAGAAGCUGGCCAAGCAGCGGGUGCGUGAGAAGAUUGAGCGGGACAAAGCAGAGCGAGCCAAGAAGUUUGGAGGUAGCAGCAGCUCUCAGGCCCCAGCUGAACCAGUGCAAGUGACGCUGGUGCCCUCAUCACCCAGCCAGGAACCGCCCACAAAGAGAGAGUACGACCAAUGUCGAAUACAGGUGAGGCUGCUGGACGGGACGUCGCUCACGCAAACGUUCAAGGCCAAGGAACAGCUGGCAGCUGUGCGCAAGGAUGGCCAGGAGCCCUUCCACCUCCUCACCAGCUUCCCUCGCCGCAUCUUCACCGAUGAGGACAUGGAGAAGCCCUUGCAGGAGCUGGGUUUGGUGCCUUCGGCCGUUCUCAUCGUGGCCAAGAAGUGUAACAGCUGAAGGACGCCCUGGCUCAUGCGUGCUGUGACCGGAGCUCCCUCCCCACCCCGGCCCUCAAUUCCUAUGCUUCCCUCUGCCUCCCUCACAAUGUGGUUUUGCCCCUCCCCCUGCCCGUCUGAGCCCAGAGAAGUGACUGACCAUUUUGCUUCCUCAGGACUGGAUCCCAGCAGAACAGCUGGUGGGGGGGGAUGAGGGGCAUGUGUCCACCCCCUGGGGGUGUGCCACAGUGCGAGCCGCAGCACUAGGGACACUAAUAAACAUCAUCUGUUCUGCUGCUGCCACCCAUUAUUCCCCCAUGCUGCUACUGGUGGGAAGGAGGCCCCAGCUUAGCUGGAGUGGGCAGCCAGCAGGCUGGACACUGGAACAGAAUCCUGCCCCCAGCCAAGAAAGGGCCCCACCAUAGAUUCAUAAUCCAAACUUCAUAGGUUUGUUGGGACAGAAGCCUUCUCUGGGCAGUAUCUGGCACAAGUAGUGGAGACAGGCCCCCAUCAUCGCAGGAGAUGCCCCCCCAGCCAAGCGUGGGGUCUGUCAUGGUUGAGGCUGGGAGGGCACACGAGCAGGCAGAGGGGAAAGGCCUGGCUGUGUCCAUGUGGGGGAGAUGAUCUGCCCUAGGCAACCUGUGGGGAGAGACAGUGCUCUCUCUACCCCUGCAAUGUGAGCUUAUCCUAUCCCAGGUGCUCAAUGGAGGCAUUAUGGGGAAGGGUUGGUGCACAGAGAAGUCAGAGCCCUGCCAGGCUCUGUAGCAGAUGCACUUCCCUUGCUCCUAGGGGGAUAGGUAGUGCAGGAUGGGGGGGGGGAGGGACUUGCUGGUGAGAUGUGACACCCAUUUCUGGCCAUUGGUCAGUAAAGUGUCCCUGUAGGCCUGGGGCACAGUGCUGUGUGGGUGAGGAAAUGGAAAACAGCUUGAGCUAGGAAGAUCCAGUCCCCCUGAGCCUGAGAAAAUGAGGCUGUAUCUACAUUGGCAUGAUUUUGCGCAAAAGCAUGCUGCCUGUCUACACUGGCGGGGAGUUCUUGCACAAGAACACUGACGUUCUAAUG